AUGGAGAGAAUAUGUUCUAUUCCCCACCUGUAUGGACCAGUAUCUCAGCUAUUAGGAGUAAGCGUUCCUCUAAUUAAGAAAGAGGAUAUAGAGGCUGGGGAGAAUGAGCCUACCUGGAGUCUACGGCAGAAAGCACCAGGGGAAACUCGAGGUCGACUCCUGGGGUUUUGCAGUUGGGGAUCCAGAGGAUCCGAGGCCCGCCACACUCCAACUGAAAAAGAGGUAUUGGCAGCAUAUGAAGGGGUUCAAGCUGCUUCAGAGGUGGUUGGUACUGAAGCACAGCUCCUCCUGGCACCCCGACUGCCGGUGCUGGGCUGGGUGUUCAAAGGUCAACAGCAAGGACAGGAUGGAGUUAAAGUACAGCAAGCCACAAUAGCUCCUGUUACUGUAGCAGUAGGUGGCAUUGCUAAUGCAGCAAUUGGUGCUGUUAGUCCUGAUCAGAUAACGCAAGUGCAGCUGCAACAAGCUCAGCAAGCUUCUGACCAGGAGGUGCAACCUGGCAAGAGAUUGAGAAGAGUUGCCUGCUCAUGUCCUAAUUGCAGAGAGGGAGAAGGAAGAGGCAGCAAUGAGCCAGGAAAAAAGAAACAACAUAUCUGCCAUAUUGAAGGAUGUGGAAAAGUUUAUGGCAAGACAUCUCAUCUUCGAGCACAUCUGCGCUGGCAUACCGGUGAAAGACCAUUUAUAUGCAACUGGAUUUUUUGUGGCAAGCGAUUUACAAGGAGUGAUGAGUUACAAAGACAUAGAAGAACCCACACAGGUGAAAAGAGAUUUGAGUGCCCAGAAUGUUCUAAAAGGUUUAUGCGAAGUGACCAUCUCUCAAAACAUGUCAAAACUCAUCAGAACAAGAAGGGUGGUGGAACAGCCCUUGCUAUUGUUACCUCAGGAGAACUGGACUCUUCAGUUACUGAGGUUCUUGGUUCUCCAAGAAUUGUCACUGUUGCUGCCAUUUCUCAAGAUUCAAACCCAGCAACCCCUAACGUUUCAACAAACAUGGAAGAAUUCUGA